UUUUGGUUAAUAGUAGUGAGUUAUCGUUCGUGUUGCGGUGGCGCUACGUGUCCCGGUCCUUGAUAAACUUCCGCCUCGUGAUAAACACAUUGUAAAUAAACUGGGAUGUUAGGUUUACGAUUGUUUUAAAUACAAAGAAUAAUGCCUAGUAAUUGUUGUUGUGUGCCUGGAUGUCACGAAAGAGGUGGACAUCAGUUCCCUACGGAAAAGUUAAGAAGAAACAAGUGGAUUGUUGCGAUUAAACGCUUGGACGAGCGCACAAACAAGCUAUGGGAGCCUUCGAAGUCAGCUGUUGUUUGUAAACGACAUUUUACUUCAGAUGACUACGUGUCGGAGACUAUUCAGGGACAGAAACCUCUAUCUGGAAGACUGAAGAAUACUGCUGUGCCAAGCAUUUUCUUUUGGACAAAGGAGACAGAAAGUUCAUUUGCCCGAGCAUCCAGGGCAGAAGGCAGGGAUAGCAGAAAAAGAAAGUUUGAUGAAUUCUGUCAUGAAGAAUUAGAGUGCAGUUUCACUGAAUUAGACUGUAUGGAAGAAACUGUGGUAGUUGAUGACUCAAAAGUGUGUGACGAGGAGGAAAAAUUAAACUCUGUUGAAUUAAGAGACACCUGUACACAAACACAGUCACAGCCAAUAUUUUCAGUUGAACAGUUUGAGAAGGAUAAUUCAGCCAUACAUUUUUAUACUGGCCUUGAAACUUAUGCCAAGUUUUUGUUUACACUGCAGUCACUUGGCCCUGCUGCUUAUUGUUUAAGAUAUGUAUUUUUUCAAGUUCAAGGGGUAUCUAUUCCCAAUCAGUAUUUUAUGACACUUAUGAAACUACGGAGGUAUACUACCAAUUUUGAACUUUCAAGAUUUUUCAAUGUUUCAGAAAGUACUGUUAAAAAUAUUGUACUUACCUGGAUUUUAUUUAUGUCAAAACAGUGGCGAGAGAUUUCAAUUUGGCCAUCUCAAUCUCUUGUUCGUUAUUUUGCACCAUCAGAUUUUAAGUCAAAAUUUCCAACUACCAGAGCCAUUUUAGAUGCAACUGAAUUUCCAAUUAAAAAACCAAGUACACCUAGGGCACAGCAAGCCACAUUUUCAACAUAUAAAAACAGAAAUACAAUGAAAGCUUUAAUAGGGUGUACACCAGGAGGCCUUGUGAACUUUGUUAGCCCAGCAUAUUGUGGGUCGACAAGUGACAGGCAAAUAGUUGAGAGAAGUUGUCUUAAAAAUCUUUGUGAUCAAGGUGACAGUUUAAUGGCUGAUAAAGGUUUUAAUGUCCAAGAUAUUUUUGCUUCUAAGGAUGUUACUAUAAACAUUCCUACAUUUUUUAGAAAUAGGAACAGAAUGUCAGGAAGAAUUGUUCUUAAUGAUAGAAAGGUGUCAAGUAAAAGAGUUCAUAUAGAAAGAAUUAUUGGACUUGGUAAAACUUAUAAAAUUUUAACACAUCCUUUAACAAGUACUGAAGCAUGCAUGUCAUCAGAUAUAGUAUUUGUCUGUUUUAUGUUGUGCAAUUUUCGCACUGGUAUUGUAUCAUCAAAUGCAUAGAAAAAAAAACAUUUUUCAAAAUUUCUUUAGCUUUCAUAUUUCAAAUUUGAAUUAUAGGCAGAAAUAUUGAUGCUAAAUAAGAUAAGAAAUGUAAACAACACUACACGUACUGUAUUUGUUUAGAAGAUUUCUAUGUAUAUUUUAUUGCACACAUUCACAAAGAUUCACUGUAAGGCUUGAAGAAAUAUUUCUCAAGAAUUGCUUGUUUGAAGUAGUCUUUGUAAAAGUUGUUUAGCUUAUUAAUCAUGUCAGCUAUGAAUGCAUCAUCACGUUUGAUUUCAAUGUAUAUGAUGUCAUUUACUUUUAAAUUGUUUGCUAAACAUACAGUAAAAAUACAUGUGUUUGCACCGGUA